UACUGUAUUGUAGCAGGCUGUGUGUGUGUGUUGUGAUGAGAUGAUAUGCUUCGACGCCUGUGCCUGCGCCUGCGUUUGACGGCUCAUAUUUCCAAUUUAAGCCGACAAGAAUAGGUUACCAAUUCCCCUGUGCCCCUCUUUAUAUUUACAGUCGUGUUAAUUUCUUCAACAACUAGAUCACGGGGAGCGGAGAGGCAACAACCAUCGGUAUUGAAUGUUGGUAAGCAGGCUCCAGUCCAUUGGGCUUUGACGCGGAUUCUCGGGCUGCGCUGCAUUGCUCGCGAGUACUGUAAUCGCAGCAGAGAUAUGGACCCUGUUCUGUGAAGCAUGCUGCACUGACAAAUGUUCUCCUCCCGGACAACAACAUCUGAAGUGGCUGGCUGGUUGGUGAACCUGUGACCUAUGCAGGGUUGUCUUGGCUAAUGGUCCAGGGGCUGUGUUCUUCUAGGAGGGUAUGCCUGUAUCCCACCAUGCCGCUGCUGGCAGAAUGGCUGCUGUGCCACUCCUUGGUGGCAUGCCUGCUGCUGCAUAGUCUGGUACUCAGCUCCACCACCGCGGGCCUCCACGGGGCGAACACCGGCUGCUCCGAGAGCUGCUACUGCUCCGAGUCUGCAGAUGGCGGGAGGGUGGUGCGCUGCAGCAACAUGCGCCUCGCGGAGGUGCCGCAUGACCUGCCUAACGACACCCGCCGACUUUACCUGGACGGUAACCUCCUCACCACCAUCCCCGCCGACGCCUUUGCGGGGCUUCCUUUACUCAACGAGCUGGACCUCUCCCACAAUGAGCUAACUCAGAUGGAGCCGGGGGCCUUCCGGGGUCUGGUCCCCUCUCUCAGGAGCCUGGACCUGUCCUCUAACAGACUGACCACCCUGGAGCCAGAGGUCCUGGGGGGCCUGAGGGCCCAGGCCAACCUCACCCACAACCCCUGGCACUGUGACUGCCGCCUCCAGGUGGCUAUGCCCCGGCUGGACCUGGAACCGGCCUCACUGGCUGGCGUGGUGUGUCACACUUCGGAGCCCAAGGAUGUCGGCGUAGAUACAGGGGUGCCCUUCGUCAUGGUGGCUGCCGACCUGGACCUGUGCGCAGGGCUCAAGAGGACCACGGACGUGGCCAUGCUGGUGACCAUGUUCGGCUGGUUCGCCAUGGUCAUCUCCUACCUGGUGUAUUACGUCAGGCACAACCAGGAAGACGCACGGAGACACCUGGAGUACCUCAAGUCCCUUCCCAGCAAACUGGACAGACCAGAGGAGUCCUCUACACUGAGCACAGUGGUGUGAGAAGUAAAAUACCAGACCUGGGUCAAAUGCGUUUUGUCAAGUACUUUCAUAUUCUGAAAAUGAGCAUGAUUGAGCUUGAUUGUUGUGCAAGGAGGUCGCGUUUGCACUUUUGGGACGAUUCUAUUGUAGUCGGUAAGCUAAAUCAAGCGAACCUGUAGUAUUUAAAGUAUUUGACAUAUAUUUACCUAAGUCAGGUGGCGACAAAGGAAAUAACAGCCAAACACCUCAAAAGGAUCAAAAAAGGAAAUGCCCAAACUUGGAAAUAGACCGGGAUACUAGUGUACUGUACAAGUUUUCAACCUGUCCAUCACCAGUAAUCCAUUGGAAACACAAUACCUCACGGUAACAUUUCAUUCAAACAAAUUCAUACUCUUUGAUAAAUUAAGGCCAUUAAAUUAAACAUUUUUUUUCACAUAGCUGUUUGUUGAAUGAAAUAAGGAAUUAUUUGACACAUACAUUUGUGAAUAUUCUACAUGUAUGUGCAAGUCAGUCUCAGUCUUUGUAAGAUACUCUGUAUUUGAAAAUGAUUUAACUCCAACAAGGUUUUGAACGAUUGUCAAAUCCAUAACUAUUUCACAAUGGACUUUUGUUGUUAUUCAGGAAUGCAUGAUGUCAUCAAAUGUUCCCAUAAUAGUGAUACUACUGUGCUUGGCAGUAUAACAGAGACUGCAUUGUUCUUCCAGCAGCUGCACUCAUUGAUUGUUGGAUCUUUAUUUGCUGGAUGAGAAGCCCCAUGUAAUCGUCAAACAUUUUACCAGAAAGAAUAAAAUCAUGAAAUGCUCCUUCAUUUUUAUUUUGUCCACAAUACCAUAUUUUUUUCCACAGUUGUACUGCAUGCAAAUGUUGCAUUUCACACUAAGUCUGCCUGAACAUAUCACAUUUUCAUGUAUUUUUAAGUGAACAAUGUGUUCAUUAUAUUGAAUUAUGAAUAAUUGACAGACCGUAGUGCACGAUGGCAAAACUAGUUUAGAAAUAUGAAUUGCACAACUUCAAUCAGUGGGUCCAAAAAGUUAUUUUUUUAAAGAAAGAGUUCACUGUCUGAAGUCUUAUUUCAAUUUCCUCCAAGCCUCAUGAAUUCCUUUGAUCUCACUAACACUGUAUGUCUUUUAGAAUUAUUAAUCUGCUUUAGGGACAGACUGCACUAAAUAUGGCUUCUGACACACACACACACACACACACACACACACACACACACACACACACACACACACACACACACACACACACACACACACACACACACACACACACACACACACACACUAACACACACGACUAAUGGCCACAAAGCACACAGUAAAACUUCACACCCUCAGGCUGUAAUAAAAAUGAUGGAUUUGACCCUUGCUCAACGUUUGGAAACUGGGCCUGCCAAUGGCAUCACACCUGGCCACAUUAUGACGUAGGAUGGGAACUAAUACAGAAUUAUGUUUUCCUGUCCUACUGGAACUAUUAAAACCCUGCCCCUUGACCCUGGUACAGUAUCUAGCCAGAGUCUGUCUGCUUUCUGUCUGUCUUAGGUGCUCAUUUGUGGAGGAUGGGAAGAUGGGUGUAACCUCUCUCUCCCUUGCGUUUAUCUGUCACCCUGAGCUCUUAAUGACCAUGGGAACAGACACACCACCAAUCUGAUGCUGAACCCUGAAGGUCACUCUCACGCACAAACACACACACACAAAUAAAUAUAGUUUACAUAAUUAUACAGUAUAGCCUGUUCAAUCUUAAAAAUGUCAGUCAUGAGCCUUACCAGACUCGGUUACAUUACCCUCAUUAGCAUGUGUUUAUUUGCAUGGACAAAUGAACUCACUCACAUUACCAUACAUCCUGUAAUAGGAGAAUGUUUGUACAUGGGUGCUAUUUAAGCAAUAAGGCAUGAGGGGGUUUGGUAUAUGGCCGAUAUACCAGGGAUAAGGGCUUUCCUUAGGCACAACACAGCCCUUAGCCUUGGUAUAGUGGCCAUAUAUCACAAACUCCCGAGGAGCCUUAUUGCUAUUAUAAACUGGUUACCAAAGUAAUUCAUAUUAAAGCAGUAAAAAUAAAUGUUUUGUCAUACCUGUGGUAUACGGUCUGAUAGACCACGGCUUUCAGCCAAUCAGCAUUCAGGGCUCAAACCACCCAGUUUUUAAGAGUGCUGAACAUUAUCAUAUUUGUAGUCUGACCUCGCCUCGUAGCUGAACAUUAUUACACACCCACCCACACACACUCUCUCACUCUCUCUCCUGGAUGUAAGGCAGGCUUGAUAGGUGACAUUCAAACAGUGUCCAGGUGUCUGAGGACAACCCUGUCAACACUGUCACUGAAACCACAGUCAUUGCUCUGCUCUUCAGUUACACCCUGUAUUAAGUGAGAAGGCUUUCUCUCAGGAGAAGGAAACGCAAAUGUCUUAUCUUCAUUUUUAAAUGCUGUGUCCUCUGGGAAAUUAAGACAUUUCCUGACUGCUUUUGAUUGUAAAGUGUAAAGUGGCUUAUUGUCUUGUAUUUAGACCUACUGUAGUCAAUUGGAAGGUAUUGUUGUUUAAUAAGAACUGAGGACUCAUUUGCAUUGUGUUAGUCGAAUAGCUCAUACUCCUGAAAAGUAGAAGAUGGGUAUAGGAACACACACACACACACACACACACACACACACACACACACACACACACACACACACACACACACACACACACACACACACACACACACACACACACACACACACACACACACAAUGCUUCUGAGCUCAUAUCCAACACUUUCAGAGUUACUAAACUCUCUCCUCCCCAGCUGGUUAAUUGCAGGUGAAGGGAACAAGUCCUCUCAGUCCAUCUCCCUGAAUGAGCUUUGUUGUUUCACUGAUUACUUCUGCAAUGCAACACUCGCUCCAUUGUUUACAAAAGGAAGAUAAUACGCAGCAGAGAGAAUAACGCUUUGGUUUGCAGCUCCUGAUUAGAUCUCAUAACUUUUGUUCUCUGUCUCGCUCAUUUCCUAAAUUGCUUUGUGUUCUGUUUGCUUGAUUUCACCUCUGUAAAUCAAGUCCACUAAUUGCUUCUAAUUUCAAUCUCCAGCUGUGUAUGAUAUUAUGCGGCAUCGAAGGUUUAAAAAAUAUAUAUAUAAUUCUCUGAAAGGAACUGUCUCUCUGUGGGAGUUGUAAAGGGACUCCACGCUUGGUGCAGCAUUAUCUUAUUUCUUCAGAUGCAUUCCUAAAGCCCCUGGUUAUCCCACUGACUAGCUAGCAGCAUGAACACCUGCAUCCAGUCAGUGUGGUGCAGUCAGUGGGGCUGCUAACCUGUAUGUGUGCGUGUGUGCGUGCGUGCGUGUGUGCGUGCGUGCGUUUACGCUCUCUACAUUGGUGUUCUGAGUGGCACUGAUUCUGUAUGUGCUGUUGUCUGAGAUGAACUGUUUGUGUGUAUUAUCUCAGAAUUUGUACAUCGUAGGCUUUCGUGAAUGGCUGUGUAUUUGUGUUAAUGCCUUUGAUGGAACUUGUAUUUGGUGGUGUUUGUAUUGGGAGAUUGCAUGUCAAAAUACAGCUUGUUCUUUAUUUAUGAUGUGAGCUUCAAGGAAUGAGUGUGUGUGGUUUAAACUGAAAGUGUGUGUGCGUGCGUGUGCGUGCGUGCGUGUGUGUGUGCAUGUAUGGUGGGUGUGUAUGUGUGUCUGUGGCCGUGCGUACCCACCCUCUAAAUGGGUAACCUUGCCUGGGGCAGUGGGAGCUGGGAGCUGGGAGCUUGGCUGACCGCAGAAGCCAAAUCAUAUCCUGCCACAGCCUCCUGCAGAACAAAACCCACUCCAGCUGGUAAGCGAGCCCACUUUGUCCCCACAUCACUAAUGCCAUGCUUUAGCCUAGAUUGAUGUUAUACUUACAUUGUUCCCUAGCCAACGAAGAAGGAACAAGUCUUGAAAACGGAAUCAAGGGUAACACUUGGCUAAGGCCUCCCAUUAUCUUUUCUGCCCACCUACAAUUACUGAAUGGAUGAGUGCUCUGUCCUCAUCUUUCGCUCUCUCUCUCUCUCUCUCUCUCUCUCUCUCUCUCUCUCUCUCUCUCUCUCUCUCUCUCUCUCUCUCUCUCUCAGCCUUGCAUUUAGACUGAAUGUUGUAUUUACUGCAUGGUAGAACUGCAGACUCAAGGCUACAGCUCCCAGGUUCUGUGUGUGCUGGUAUAAUGACAGGUCUGUGUAAUAAUGAGCUUGGUCCACACUUCCCACACACUGUGGUAGCUGCUGUUCUAGUCUGUGGCAUUCCAUCCUCUUUGAUAGAUACAGGUAAAAUAGCUAAUCUAAUCAGAAUGGCCAGUGUAGUGUAGGGCUAGCCAGCCACUUAGCAAUUCAAAUCUAAUUUCGCCUGAAGCAGCUGAAUAUCCUAAAAUUGGUAGUAAUUUAAUUUUGGUUCCGCAAAUGAUUACAAAAUGAUAAUUUGUGUACUUGCAGCGUUAGGUUUUUGUGAAAGUGGCAGGAUUAGUAAUAGCAAAGGAAGGAUUACCUUUCUUGUAAAAGGUAUGGGAAGGGGAAUAGAAUGAAGGCUGUCACUCACUGCAAUUUCCUAGUGAAAAGCACGAGUUGACACACACAAACACAAAUGUUUGUGAAGGGGCUGACUAACCAUGAGUAAGCAGUAAAAAAAAAUACAUACAUAUAUUCAUAGAAAGAAAGAAAGUUGCACACUAUAUGCUCCCAACAAUUGAAUGGGUUAACCGAACCUACUGUGAAGGCCUCUCCCCGCUCUGUCUACUGGGUGUUGCUGUGCUUACUUCCUGUAGUAGAUUGGUGGGCGGAGCUGGGAGGGUCAGUCAGUGCUGAUUUGGCACACCUGUGACAGCUCAGCUGUGGCAUAAAGCCACUGUUUUCCUUAUUCAGCUCAAGAGAUUCCUCUCUCCAUGCAUGCCUUUGGUUGUUUAGUUGUGGUUUCAGCAGUUGACUCCUAAUUUAUAUCUGUCAUGCCUCAUCUGAUUACUCUUGUGAGUAUUUAUUUUAUUUAUGGAAUAAAUUCAUUUUGUUAUUCCUUUA